CAAAUAGGGAUGGCAAAGAAAGUACUGGACCGCGGGCCUGGGCUUGGUAGGGCUUGGUUUGGGGCGGGUUUGGGCCGAGAUAUCAACAACCCGCAAAAUAGCGGGCCUUGCGGGCUGAGGCUUGGUUGGUACCGGGCUCUAUGCAGGACGGCCCAAUGCGUACCGCGGGAUGCCCUAGAUCCCGUUUCCUUUCGUCAUUUGCGAUUCUGCCUCUUCACCUGAAAAAACAAAAAGAAAAAGAUGAACGGAGAAAGCGAUGACGAUGUAGUUCACCGCGUGAAGAAAUGGAGCUCCGAGCCUCCGACCACGGCCGUUCGAUGUCCGGUGCUGACCACAUAGUAUUCGAUCUUCACCAGAGAAGCUAAGUAGAGAAAGCUCCAACAAAGUCGAUUCUUCUUCUUCGAUGUCUCUUCAUGAGCUUCUAAGCUUCGCAGUUCAGACAUGCAUGUACAACUUUGAAUCAUCGGAGCUUCUCUUCCUUGUCAUUCUACCACCGAAGCCUCUCUUUGUCUUCGUUCCAUCAGCUGAGCUCCGACGACGGUUCCAUCACCUGAGCUCUGACGGCAUUACCUGAGCUCCGACGCCGGCGGUUCUUACUCAUGAGCUUCUCUUAUAGUUUAAUGAUCUUUGGUCAGCAGGUGAAUACUCAACUUGCUUAUAGUUUAAUGAUCUUUUGAAUGUUUCUGAUUCUGAUGGUUGUACUUUUAUGUAUUGUGCAGUAUGCGUUUAACCUGUUUUCCCUUAACGCUCCCAUUACUGAGAAUGGUUACAACGAAGAGGAGAUGAAACUUGUCAAAGAGACAAGGAAGAUCUGGGUGAGUGUUCAUUUCACUGCGAUCUUUUUUGUUCAAAUGUUUGGUUGUGUUAAAGAGAGAGAGACUCUGUACCUUUCUUGGUCUUCGCAGAAUGACACAGAAGUGAAAGUAACAGCGACGUGUAUACGUGUUCCCGUAAUGCGUGCUCAUGCAGAGAGUGUGAAUCUCCAGUUUGAGAAUCCUCUCGAUGAGGUAAUAAUUAUAAUAAUAUACAUUUUCUACUGAAUAUUUAUUAGUAGUUCUUGAAGCAUUGGUGGGUUUAAGUUUCCUAAUGAAUGUGAGUUUGAAUUUUAACAACUUGGUUUGGAAUUUUUUUUGUCAAUCUAGUGAAUCAUCAGAGCUUCUCUUCCUUGUCAUUCCACCACCGAAGCCUCUCUUUGUCUUCGUUCCAUCAGCUGAGCUCCGACGACGGUUCCAUCAGCUGAGCUCCGACGACGGUUCCAUCAGCUGAGCUCCGACGACGGUUCCAUUACCUGAGGUUUGACGACUGUUCCAUCACCUGAGCUCCGACGACGGCAGUUCUUUCUCACGGCAAGUACAUGUUAUGUAUUACAAACAAAAAAAUAAGUUCUUUUAACUUAAAUCUUUGCUCUAACUCUUGAAUUUUUUCAUCUUCUUCUCCUCUUUGAAGUCAAGACGUGUGUUGUCUCGAGUGAUGGUCAACUCGUAGGCGUUGGAGUGAUGGCGAACUAGGAGGCAACCGCUCGUUAGCUUAGCAGACUUAUUUCGAUAUAACAGCUAAGGACCUCGGGUUAGUACACCUAGUAAGCAUUGAUAGGACUCACGGUUUAGCUAGAGGAACUCGCUGUUUAGAUAGGACUGCUGUUUAGAUAGGUUAACUCAUUGUCUGGCUUAGAAGUUAGAACUCGAUCAUGUUGUUAGAUACUUAGAUGCUUGUUGUUUGAGAACUAGUAGGAAUUGAUAGGAAUGGCUUGAUCUGUUGUUAGAUGCUUAAUUGAUAGGAAUGGCUUGAUAUGUUGUUAGAUGCUUGUUGUUUGAGAACUAGUGAGAAUUGAUAGGAAUGAAUUGAUCUGUUGUUAGAUACUUAGAUGCUUGUUAUCUUGAGAACACGUAACUUCUAUUUUAUUUUUUUUAAGUAUCAAAAUUUUACAAAAUUUAAUUUAAAAAUUAACUUUAGUAAAAAACCCUACGUCCACUUAGUCACGUAUAGGAGAAGUUAGAAGCAGCCGUAAGUUAAAACUUAGAAUUAUCGAAAAAAACCAGCAACAAUAGAAACUUGAGAGACGAUGGGAUCAUCCAGAGACGACUCAGAAGAGCAAUUCAGUUUGAAUACUGACUACUCGCCACCAGCUACCUGUGACUUGGGGACUCAGCAACUCAUUGCCAGACUUGCUGCAGAAGAAGAAAGGAAUGAUCUGAGAGCUGAUGAGGCUAAUGAUGGAAAGAAGCAAGCACGGAAAAGAAAGUUGAUUAGUCUGGUCGAUUCAGAAGAAGAAUCUGAUGUUGAAAUCACACCCCCAACCCAAUCGAGCAAGCCUCGCAGACAAACAACUUAUGGAACAGCCAAGCGGAAGCCCAUGUUACAAUCCACUCUGGAUGGUGGUAGUGGCUCGUCCGCACGGGCUCGUAGUCAGAAGAAUGUUCCGUUGAAAGCCGUGAUUAGGGGAGGAAGAAGAAAGGCAUCACCUCAGGCCUUGUCUAGUGAGGCACGAAAAAAGAAGGGCUCCUCUAGUCGGUCGCAGAAGAAUAAGAAGAAGAUUGAAGAGGAUAUACCGGAUUUUGAUGAUGAUUUGGAAGAAGUUGAGUUGGACGAGGCUGAAAUCAAUUUGGAAGAGAUGGAGAGUAGGCAAUGGUCAGACGUCUGGAAGGAUUUCACUGUGGUUGAAAAACCAAAUGGAGAUUUGAAAGCUGUAUGCAAUCAUUGCAAGAAUGAGUAUGCGUGGUAUUCUCACUCGCAUGGAACAAGUGGGUUGAGGAGACAUCGAGGGAGAUGUAAAAUGUAUCCAAGGAAUGGAGGAAGGCAGCAACAACUCAAUACCGAGGGUAAAGUAGUAGCUCGCAAGUACGAUCAUACUGUGUUUAGGCAGUUGGUAGCGAAGACAAUUUUCCAGCAUGAUCUACCAUACUCUUACGUGGAGUAUGAGAGAGUGAGAGAGACAUGGAAGUAUUUGAAUGUUGAUGUCCAAUUCAUCUGUCGAAACACGGCGAAAUCAGAUGUUUAUCGUUUGUAUGAAAGCGAGAGAGAGACACUGAAACGUGAGUUAUCGAGUCUUCCUGGACGAGUCUCCUUCACUUCCGACUUGUGGACAUCACUGAAACGUGAAGGAUACAUGUGUGUGACAGCACAUUACAUUGAUCGGAAUUGGAAGUUGAACAGCAAAAUCCUAUCAUUCAGUGCUCUACCACCACCACAUAACGGAAUGAGUGUUGCGGUUCACCUUCUUGAGUCGCUGCAAGAGUGGGGUCUCGACAAGAAGGUUUUCUCUAUCACAUUGGAUAAUGCUUCAAGUAAUGACUCGAUGCAAGACAUAGUCAAAUCGCAGCUGUUGUUAAAUGAUGAUUUGUUAUGUGGAGGAGAAUUUUUCCAUGUCAGAUGUGCUGCUCACAUCCUUAACCUGAUAGUGCAAGAUGGUUUGAAGGUUAUUGGAGGCGCUUUGCACAAAGUUAGAGAGAGUAUUAAGUAUGUGCUAGCAUCGGAAGCGCGGGAAGAGUUGUUUGAAAAAUGCGUGAAUGCUGCAGGCAUUACUGAAAACGCGGGUCUGAUCUUGGAUGUGCAGGCAAGAUGGAACUCGACUUACUUUAUGCUUGAAAGAGCCAUCAAGUUCCGUAAAGCAUUUGUUAAGUUGGAGACAUUUGAUAAGAGAGGUUAUAAAGUGGCGCCUACAGCUGAAGAAUGGACGCGAGCUGAUAAGAUAUGCCAAUUUUUGUGCCCUUUCGCAGAGAUCACAAAACUGAUGUCAGGUGCUAAUUACUCCACCUCGAACUUGUAUUUUUAUCAAGUUUGGUCCAUCCAUGAGUGGCUUCAAAUGAACAAGUUCAGCGAGGAUGAGAUCGUCCGAAAAAUGGUGCCACCAAUGAAAGAGAAAUUUGAUAAGUAUUGGGAUGAAGUUAGUGGUAUUUUUGCAAUGGCAGCAGUCUUUGAUCCACGUUUCAAGCUUUCAAUUGUGGAGUGUUGCUUAGGGAAGCUUGACAUGAGUACACGUGAUGUGAAGUUGAAAAACUUGCGCCAGAAGCUGAGUAUUUUGUUCGAGUCUUACGACAAAAAAUCCAAGGCUAACUCACCGUCUACGGAGCCACGUGAGACGGUUCCACAAAAUGUCACUUCUGCAGGUUCCAUGGGACUGUUUGGAAACUACCAAGAAUUCUUUAAAUUUCGCAAAGUCAACGGAGCUGCUACUGGAAAGACAGCUCUAGAAGCUUAUCUUGAUGAACCUCCUUUGGACAUUGAUAGUUUAGAGAGCUUGGACAUUCUCCAAUUCUGGAAAACUAACACUCAUCGUUACGGUGAUUUGGCUGCAAUGGCUUAUGAUCUGCUCAGCAUUCCUAUCACAACAGUGGCUUCAGAGUCCUCCUUUAGUAUUGGGUCGCGAGUUCUUAACAAAUACCGUAGCCGUUUACUCCCAAAAAAUGUGCAAGCUCUGAUAUGCACAAGGAAUGGGAUCAAAGGAUACGAGGCUUAUGAACAUGGUAAAUAUCACACAUUAUAAUUAGUUGUAUAGUAUCAUUAUCUUAAACACUAAUCAACUGCAAUUUUUUAAAAUUUACAGAAGAUGAAAUUGAUCCUGAAGAGGAGACAUUGCCAUCUUUUGACUCUAUUACCAAUAAGGAAAAUGAUGAUGAGGAAGUUUGAUAUCUUUCUUGAAUUGCUGUUUUGUUUUCUUUCAAUUUCUUGGAUUUGUUUCAGUACUAUGAUUGGUUUUUUUUGCUUUUAUUACAUUGGUGUUUUGGUUAAGACAAUAUGAAGUCCAAUUGCUUUUCUUUUUGUUAUCAACAGAGUGAAUGUUGCUUUUCUAAACUACAUAUACACGACCAUAAUCUUAUACACGACAACAAAGUCUGAUGGUUGACUCUACAUAUACACGACCAUAAUCUUAUACACGACCAGUGAGUGAUGAUCACUUUGGUUGCAUUGAAGCAUUUAUAGAGAUAAGACAAGUCUGAUGGUUGACUCUCAUGGUGUUUGGUGUUUUCUGUGACGUCUCGUAGAAGCAGAAGCAGCUUGAAGCAGCUAGUAUGGUGUUUUCUGUGACGUCCCGCGGGACAGCUAGCCCGCCAAGGCUUAUACAUUUUGCGGUACGGGAUUGGGCUGCUAGUUUAAGGACCGCAUCCCGCGCGGGACGGUCCCGCCGUGUACCGCCAUAAGAGAAACCCGCAUCAGGUCGGGACGGGACGGGAGAGCCCAAUUGCCAUCCCUAGACCCAAACAUAAAAAAAAAACCUGAACAACUUUUUUUAGAAAUUAAUUUAUAAAUUUAAUUCGAAAGACGGAAAUAAAAAUCUGAUUGCAGAUCCAACUCAAACAAAAUUACCCAAAUUACAAUGUUUCCUAACUAGUUUCGUUCGACUCAGCAUCCCGGUGCGUUCCGCUAAACCGGAGCCAAAAUCAUCGAUUUUCAUUAUCACUAUUGACGUUAACCACAUGAAAGUGAAAUUCACCUUCUUGCCUCAAACACCAAGACUUCCCAUGUCGAUUUCAGAGUAGAUGGUUCACUAUGAACUAAUCGGAACUUGUAAUUAUCACCAUCUUUGAAGCUCUUGAUGAACGAGAAGAGAGAGUUCCAAAAAUUUCACCUGAAUAAUCCACCGGAUAUUCUAAUUGUAAAUUUGCUUUCAUCAUCGAAGAAAAAUAAGAAGCAGGCUUGAAGUCGCCACUAGACUCUGCUAUAGCAUGUCUCCUAACCUGCACAAAAACAAGCCGAUAUACAUUACCAAAGAUGAACAAGAAAAUAUCUCAAGCAUUGUGAGAUCCAGAAAAAUAAUGAAAUCAAGCAACGUUAAGCAAACGCCAAAUACCGCCAUCACGAGUUCGAGUCCCGGCCACAGCGGAUUUAACAUGGCUUCCGUUUGGCCUCCAGGACCUUCCUCGCCAGUUCCGGUUGGACGCGGUAGGAUAGUCGGACUAAAUGAGAGGUCUGGAUACCUGGAUUAUCAAAAAAAAAAAAAAGAACCCUUCCAGUGCUGGCGGUGAUAAUCACGUUCAAGCCGGACGCCAACGCAAGGAUGGCACACUUUAGAGAAAAUGAAAGGAUAAAGAGAAAGCAAGAAAAUUUUAAUAAUUCACGUGAUAUCUGAUUUAUGUGUUUGGCUACAAUACAUCAUAUUAUAUAUAUAUAUACUAUUGUUCUUAUAUUAUUCUAACAAUUAUGUUUUUUUAGAAAAAAAUGAUUGUUGACUACAUGAAGUAUUGGCCAUCACAUGGCUAACCAUGCAAACUAAACUAAUGUACACUUAGCCACACGAAGUAUAUGUUAUGCAUGACAACAUCCCUCAAUUUUAUGAUGUUAUGUAGUUAACAUCGCGAGUUUAAUUUCAUUCAUCCAAACACUGAUGUGAAUGUUAGAGGUCGUUUAAAUAUUUUGUUUCAACAAUUAAAAUAUGACCGACCCGACUAUAAUUUAACUAAAAUUAGAUUUUGACCCACAUUUUAAAAGCGUAAAAAUAUUUUUAACAAAAUCUAAACCCACAUUUUAAAAGCGUGAGAAUAUUUUUAACAAAAUGUGAUAUACAAAAUCAGUAUUUUAAAUAUUGUUUGAUAAGUAGUGUUUUAAUAUUUUUAUUUUAGUGUAUUUUAAAAUUAUAUAAUUGUAUUAUUUUUAUUUAUAUUAAUUUGUUUCGUUAUUAACUUUUAAUAAGUAGUGUUUUAACAUUUUUUAUUUUAAGAUUUUUAUUUUAGUGUAUUUUAAAACUAUAUAAUUGUAAGAUUUUUAUAUUUAUUAAUAUGUUUUGUUUUUUUUAUUAUUAUUUUUUUUUGUUAUGAAAUUUUAAUAAAAGUUUGUAAUUCGUUUGAUUAAUGGUAUGAUAUACACUUCUUUGAUAAAUUUUUAACUAUAAAAUUUAUUUACUGUCAGUUUAUUAACUCUAACAUUUUAUUUGCUUUAGACUUAUGUGAUGUCAAUUUAAACCAAACAUAAUCUUGCCUUUUAAGAAUAAAAAUAAUCAAAGAAUAAGAAUAUAAUGUGAAAGUUUUACUAAGUUAAAAUGAAUGGAAUUUAAAAUAUAUAAAAUAAUUCAUUACCUUAAUAAUUUCAUAUUAAACAAAUAAAAUAUUAGAGUCAAUAAAUUGAAAUCAAAGAAGUUUUAUAAUAAUUUAUUUAUCAAAUAAGUAUAUAUCACACAGUUAAUUAAACGAAUUACAAUUUUUUUUUAAUUAAAAGUUCAUACCAAAACAGAUUAAAAGAACUAAAAAACUAAAUUAAAUAAUAUCUUCUAUAAUUUUUAUAUUUAAUAUACAUAAAAAUAAUAUAAUUAUAUUUUUUCAAAUACACUAAAAUAAAAAUGUUAAAACACUACUUAUUAAAAUUUAUAGAACAUACUGAUUUUGUAAAUUAGAUUUUGUUAAAAAAUAUUCUUAACAUACUGAUUUUGUAAAUUAGAUUUUGUUAAAAAAUAUUCUUACGCUUUUAAAAAACGGGUCAAAAUCUAGUUUAGGCAAAUUACUGUUAGGUACGUCACAUUUAAUUGAUGAAAUGAGAGAUUUAAACGGUCUCUAGCAUACACAUCAUUUUUUGGAUGAAUGAAAUUAAACUCAUGAUGUUAACUACAUAACAUCAUAAAGUUGAUGGAUGUUGUCAUGCAUAAUAUAUAUUUCGUAUAAUUAAGUAUACAUUUGUUUAGAUUACAUGGUUAGCCAUGUGAUGGCCACCACUUCAUGUAGUUAGCAAUUAUUUUUCCUUUUUUUAUUAACCUUGGGGUAUCCCUGACCUAUGAAAGGGUCUAAACUAAUCCCUAAGGGAAGGUGCAAUCCAUGGAUAUACCCUUUUUCCGGAUAUUCAAAUGGGCCGAAAGCAAGAACCCAUUUCCAUGUAGGGUGUCCAGGUAACAUGCGACUUAGUUUCGCAUGGCAGGUAGAUCAAACCUGGAAUGUGUUAACAUCCCAAUCCCUUCCCUUUAUCACUUGACCACAAACUCCUGAACCUAACAAUUAUGUUGAAUGUGGAAAUUGAGGUUUGAUCUACAAACAAGUUUGUAGUGAUGAAAAUGAAUGGUCAGACAUUCAGUAUAAAUAAAGUACAUAUACAAACGGGAAAAUAAUGAUAUAAGCCUAAACUCAAGAGAACGAUAAAAUAGGUAGUUAAAGACCAACCGUCAUUCUUUUUAUUCCCUUGUAAUUUUUUUUCUUAUAGGCAGUUCUAGUCUCCGUGUUCACAUAUAUUGUUUUUAGGUUUUCACUACACCUACAAAUUUCUACAGUCUUUGCGGGUUGUUAAGCAGCUAUGUUCGGCACAGCGACUAUGUUCCUUCUUGUUGCCACAAUGAGCUGUCCCAUCGCAUGUUUUCAUGGGUCGACUAACCGAGUAGGUAAGACGACAGUUGUCUGGAAGCAGGUUGAUGACACAUUUUCUUCCUCUAAAGGACCUCCUCUUAACUUUGGAUCAGGCCAACUGGGGGGGGGGGGGGGGGGGUCGUGCAGACAAACUUUAUGAAUCACCGUAUAAAUGAGUUGGCCUUGUUACGAUUUCCAAGCAGCUUCUGACGUGUCAUUUCUAUGUUAGAUGGUUUUUUUCUUCGUUUGUCAUGAAAGUGCGUCAUAAAGAGUUGCAACACUUAAUGACAAUGUGUCAUUUAUUAAUCACGCCUUUGUAAUUUUUUUUUCUUGAUAACUGUCGUCUUCUGUUUCUUUAUUAGUGAACGUAUUUCUGACAUAUUCUUAUUUUUGUUUUUCUUUUUCAAUAGCUUUGUUACUCUGAUAUUUCUUCCUUCAUUCUUAUUUCAUCGGGUUUUUUAUUUGUAAUCAUGUUUCAGAAAUCGUUAAUUGAAUCGAGUUUAUUAUCGGUGACCCUAAAGGAGGUUCUGGUUAUAUGCAUUCGUCUCCUUCUCCAAUUAGAGUCCGUUCAUCGGAGUAGGCUGAAGAUGAUAUUCCAAUUAUUCAUCAGCUAGUCCCUAGAUAGUGAAAUGAAGCUCAUCCUUUAUGUUGGAGCCUCCAAUUAAUGCCUCCUUCUCGUGGUGUUUCCGCUCGUCCAAGCCAAACUGCCAUUCCUCAGCCUGCCAAUGAACAUUUUAUCGAUCUUGACAGGAGAAGAAGGUGAUGUAGGCAAGUCGAUGACGCCCCAAGUGGGCCGAACGUCUCUAGAGUUUUCUCUCCUUUCUUAUGAACAAGAUGAUGAUCAGGAUAUCCAGUGCUUUCAGUUUACUUAGAGCUAUUGAUGUGUGUUCCUACUUCCAAGUAGAGGUCUUGGAGCCCUCCCCCGUUUGGGUAUGUUUGUAUGAGGCGUUAUUUUCUCAUUCAAGACUCUGAUUUCUAUUCCACGGCUCUUGACGUUGUAUGUCAAGGCGCACAAGAUUGCUAAUUCGCAGUUUACUCCUGCUGCAGUGAGGAACAUGGUUGUAGCCCUUGUUAUUGGGGCUGAGGUCGGAGUCAAUGUGAUAUUAAUUAUUUUGAAGAUCUGGCCAAUAUUAGCAGAAAUUCAGAGACUCCGAACGCAUAUUACAACAAUAUUAAGCCCAAGUAUGGCAAUCUCCAAAACAGAGCUAGGAAGGCUCACAAUUAUUUCUUCGUGUGGGUUGGCUCGACGUCAGCUGCCGAUCACAUUUCUUCUUUUAGGAGUGAUUGGAACCCAUAGCCUUGUAAGUUUUAUGUUCCUUAUUAUGUACUUGGAUUGCGUUGAAUGUCCUAAUUAACACGUUUUGCUUUCGCCAUAGAGCGUCAUCCCAUAUUCUUUCCCCCACCAGCCAGAAUUUUCGAAGGUGUAUCUAGGAUUUGUGGGGAUUUUUGAAAUCACCCUCAUAUAAGUCUUGGUAUGUAUUUUUGAUCCUAGUUUUAUCGUCUUGGUUAUCUGCCAAUAAUCUUUCAUUCUCUGUUUUCAGCUGUGGAGGCCGAAGUCGAUAUGUCAGGUUCAUCGAGGCAAGAGAACCAUGGUUCACCACCUUUGGAUCGUUCUGCCGAUGUCAAUCCACCUUCCCCAAUGCUGUUCUAGCAGCUGACUAAGUCGUACUUCUUUGAUGCGGACAAGGAAGGUUCGUCACAAGAUUAAAUCUUACUCUGACCUCUUAGACAGAGUGGCGUUGGGUCCCUCAUUUGGGGGAAAGAACAUGAUCAUUUCUCAAUCUGGCUCCUUUUUAGAUCAUGAUCAUGUUGUUUGUUUGAGUUGAGAAGAAACUAUUGAUGCACUGUGGGGAGAACAUGUUGUAAGAAAUAGUUUUAUUAGUAUGAGAAUAUUUCUUUACCA